AUAUUAGCUGUGGCCAAAGCCGGGUAAGAAACACAGCUCAUUGUUGGCAAGUGCCGAUGAGCCUCGCUGAGGAGUGAAAAACAGCUCCGGGGCUGCUGCGGCGAUCACAGCACCGUCACGUAAGCGCCGAGGAGAGGGCCGGGAAAGCCCUCUCUAUGCUGGGUGACUUUUACUGACUGAUUUCGCCGCCACCUUUGAAGCAAAAGAAGAAAGAAGCCGGGAGGUGGGCAAUGGCAGACCACAUGAUGGCCAUGAACCACGGGCGCUUUCCCGACGGAUCUGGCGGGCUUCACCACCACCCUGCGCAUCGAAUGGGCAUGGGGCAGUUUCCCACCCCCCAUCACCACCACCAGCAGCAGCCACCGCAGCAGCACGCCUUCAGCGCCCUGAUGGGAGACCAUAUACAUUACGGAGCUGGGAAUAUGAACGCGAGCAGCGGGGUGAGGCACGCCAUGGGGCCGGGGAGCGUCAGCGGAGGGCACCCGGCCGGCACCAUGCCGCCCCCCGCCCGCUUCAGCGGCUCCCAGUUCAUGGCCCCCCCCGUCGCCAGCCCGGGAGGGCAGCUGAGCGCCAGCAUGCAGCUCCAGAAGCUGAACAACCAGUACUUCAACCACCACCCCUACCCCCACAGCCACUACAUGCCGGACUUGCACCCCGGCAGCCACCAGCUGAACGGCAGCAGCCAGCAGCAUUUCAGGGACUGCAACCCCAAGCACGGCGGCGGCAGCGGCUUGCCGCCUGCCGUCCCCCACGUCCCCGCGGCAAUGCUGCCGCCCAAUGUCAUAGACACUGACUUCAUCGACGAGGAGGUCCUCAUGUCCUUAGUCAUCGAAAUGGGGCUGGAUCGCAUCAAGGAGCUUCCCGAGCUGUGGUUGGGACAGAACGAGUUUGACUUCAUGACAGACUUCGUUUGCAAACAGCAGCCCAGCAGGGUGAGCUGCUGAUUCAUUUAAAACAAACAAAGGACUUUCUAUCGGUGCGAAUGAAAACAUUCCCCUAGACACGGUGUCUCACUUUUCAGGGCUUGAAAAGGUGAGAAUCUGGAAAGCAAGAGUCAACUAUGCGCUUGUAUAAAUUCUUUUUUCUUUCUUUUUUUUUUUUUUCCUUUUUUUCCCCCCCCUCAAAUCGCUGCCACUUUUUUUGUAGAUUUGACAUUCACGCCCCCUCCCGUAGUAAUCAUUCCUAGCAAACUCUGCCUUUUUAUGUUGGUCGUCUCCCUCCACUCCUUGCUCUCUUGAUUUCUUUGCAGUAACGUGCCCAUAAUUCCCACAGUGCUCAACUGUUAGAUAUUAAUCUUGGCAAAUUGCUUAAUCGUGUGGAUUUUGUAAACGAAGAUUUCCAGUGACUUGAACUGCAUUCAAAUUCUGAGUGAACAGGGAAAAAAAUAUUGCAUUAGUUGGUUGCAUGAACUUUGAAGGGCAGAUAAUACUGCACAAAUGCUGCCAUCUUGCUUAAUUUUUAACUAUGCAUUGCAGUGCAGACUAAUAAUUGGGGGAUUUUGGUUUCAUUUUGGUUUUUUGGUUGUUGGUUUUUGCUUUU